AUGUAUAGAUUAAACAAAUUAAUUAAAAGCUUUGGAAAUAUUAAAUACUUCAUCAAUUGGGAAAAUGAUGUGAUAAAUGCUAAUUAACCAGUCCUUGUAAAUUUUCAUAAAACGUAAUUGAUAGUCUCAUUAAUUUUAAUAGUUGGUGUCCACAAUGCAAAAGAUUGGCUCCAAUAUUAGAGCUAAAAGCUAUAGCGCAUCCAAAUGUGACACUCAUAAAUAUGGAUACUGAUCUAUAUGAAUAUUUAACAAAUGAAAAUAGUAUUGAAAUUAUACCAACUGUUAUAUUAUUUUUAAAUGGAAGGAGAGUUGGUGAUUUUACAGGCUUGCAUAAUAGUUUAGAUGAAUUAUUUUAACAAAUUCCAAUAAAAUGA